AUGGGUGAUAGCCCAGCGGAUCUCAUCGCCAUUCUCUAUGUUAUCGAAUCCUCUGUCGUCCUCGGCUCGGAAUGGUCCCACAUUAACACAGAGUACUUAACCCCCAUGCUCAAGCGUCUACAGGAAACACACACUAACUACCAGUUUCGGCUAGGUUUAGUCACUUAUGGUCCUUCAGACGCCUUUCCCUCUCCACUCUUGGCCAAACACUUCUUUACCCCGCCCCAUGUACUCACCAAGGUCCUUCAAGAAGACCCAGAGGCAGUCGGCAUAGGACAGACAACAAAUGGAGGUAGCGCAGGCCUUUGCGCACUGGAAGGAAUGGUGGCUGCCAUUGAACUGUUUGAUAUGCUCAAAUCCUACACCAAGACUGCAGCAAACCCUCCAGCAGCAGCCAAGUCUCUGACAUCCUAUUUGGUGCACGUCGCUGCUUCCCCAGCUGAUGACAGCCAAAAUCCAAGAUGGAACACUCUGCCCCACCUCGAUGCCGUUACGUGGGACUCUCUAGCCUCAGAGAUAAAGAGUAGGAACAUAAAGUUUAACUUGAUAAGCCUAAAGCAAAUUCCUCAGUUUCAGGAGCUGCAAGCAGCAAUAUCGGGAGGGGAUGCUCAGCAACCCUGGUUCAACGUCAGGAAGUCGCAUACACUUCACCUUUCCGGCUUCCCCAUUCCAAUCAAAAGCCCCCUAGACGUGAAACGACCCAGCGAAGUCAAGCCAGUAGACUCAGGUCCCGAGUCCAAGCGGCAGCGAACGUCUCGCAUUUCUUCCGAGUCUCCUUCAAAGCCCUCCCCCGCUUCGCCAGCCGUUGCUCCUGUAUCGACCCCCAAGCAGGCGCCUGCUCAGCCCAAUCCCCAGACUCAACCUAGUCCUCAGAUUCAACCUAACCCCCAAGUUCAGCCUAACUCCCAGACGCAGCCUAUGUCCCAGACGCAGCCUAACCCUCAGAUUCAACCUACUCCCCAGAUCCAGCCUAAUCCUCAGAUCCAGCCUAACUCCCAGGCUCAGCCGUCUGGCCCCCAAGACCUAGCCCGCCCCAAACCACCUGCUGCCACAUCAUCCACUGCCGGGUUUGCGACCCUUGUACAGCGACUGAAGUUGCUCGAACAAGAGACGGAAAGUAUCAAGACGCAAAUCGCAAAUGCUCAGAGCGCAGGUCAAACUCAAGUCCUGGAAAGUCUGAGGAAAGACCAGGCAUUAAAGCUUCAGCUCGCACACAAACUCAAAACUGUCAUCGCAAAUCAGUGGGAAGCAAUACAAAAGGCUCGUCAGUCCGCUGGACAGGCGGCAAAACAGCAAGCGCUUUCAGAUGGUGCCUCAACGUCUGUACCAGCUGGAGUCCCUCCCCCCAAUGAGACCUCCAUUUUACCACAAGAUGCUCAAGCUCAGGGAAAGAAUACUCAGCCACCGUCCCAAAGUUCUCAGGCCCUACUGUCCUUCAUGCACAAUCGCACAGGUGGCAAUGGGCAGGCGGGCCCUUCGAAUGUUGCUCAAAUGCCACCAGAUGUUGCCGAACAAAUGAAGAAGCUCAUCAAUAACCAAGGAAUACGUCCACAGAGUUUGACUGGCCCUUCCUCCUCAACAUCUGCUGCCCCAUCCGCUCCGCCUGCCCCGCCUCCUUCGGUAACUCAGACCGGCCAGGCUCCUCUGCAAGCAGCGAACAAAGUCCCUCAAUGGUGGCAAGGUAUUGUCAACUGGACAGCAAUGAUAUCGAAUUCCCCAAUGCCUGCUUCAUCCCGAUUUACAGCUGCCAUAGCAGGAAUGGGGGACAUGAAACUCGAGACUUGGCCAAAGCAUCUCAACCUUCACGUCUCCCAACAACAAAUCGUUGGAAACACCGAGUUUCAAACUUGGGCCAGACGGACCAGCGGUGUUCUGGUACAACUCAAACCAGUAACACCACCUGGCUCAGACCCAAAGAUCAACGAGCCAUCGUUUCAAAAUCUGAUAAAGAUUCUGAGUGAGAGACGUGUGUAUGCCACAGCCAGCUGGAUGUUACCAUCUGGUUCAGAGACACCGAACCUCCUUCUGUUCGCUGUUCCGGGAAACGGUUUGAUAGGAGCCGCCUUCCCUUUGACUGGAUUCUCUCAGCCUCCUCGGCCAGAGAACCCGAAGAAUCAGAUGGCCGAUCUCAUGCAACGUCUCCAGCAAGUAGACCCGGCACGCAGGCCUCAAGUCCUCGCUCAGAUGGAACGGAUCCGGCAGCAUCAGCUUCAAACCCAACAACUUACUCCGCCGCAGCUUCUACAAGAGCUGUCCAAGGUCAUUGCAAGUGCCAUUAAUCAACAGAAUCAUUCCAUGGGUAUGGUCAGUAACGGAGCCACAGGGGGCAUUGGAGCUGUCAAUCCUGAGAUGAUGCAGUCGUUCAUGCAGCGACAUGAUGCUUCUGGGAUGCAGGGGAUGAGACCUCCGCAAAACUAA